AUGACUUCCAACAUGAGUCUCUCUGAGGAACAGCAGACACAGAAAAGAGAGAGAUCACACUCACCUGAUCCAAGCUGUGUGUCAAUGAAGAGUGACUGGUCAAUGGAACAGCCACUGAAAAUCAGAGAAGGAGAGUGUUUUGCUGAGCUCAGUGUACAAAAGGAGAAAUCUGUACUCACAUAUAUGAGCCAUAUGGAGUCAAUAUUCAAGGAGCUGGAGCAAAAUGUCAUCUCUCUGGUGAAGAAGGAGCUGAACAGGUUUAAGAAGCUACUGAGUCCAGAUUACCCAGCAUGCUCUGAGAGAGAGUUACAAGAUGAGGAGGAUCAGAGCAGAGUCGGAGAAGAGGCACUGAAGAUCACACUGCAUGUCCUGAGGAACAUGAACCAGACAGACCUCGCUAACACACUACAGACCAAGCAAGCAUCUGUAUAUCAGAGAAAUCUUAAAUCUAAGCUGAGGGGAAAAUGUAAAAGAAUGAAUGAAGGAAUAUCUCAACAUGGAAGCUCAACUCUUCUGAAUGAGAUCUACACAGAGCUCUACAUCACAGAGGGAGGGAGUGGAGAGGUCAAUAAUGAACAUGAGGUCAGACAGAUUGAGACAGCAUCCAGGAGACCAGCAACACAGGAGACACCCAUCAAAUGCAACGACCUCUUUAAACAUAAACUUAUCAGAAGUGUGCUGACUAAAGGAGUAGCUGGAAUUGGAAAAACAGUCUCUGUGCAGAAGUUCAUUCUGGACUGGGCUGAAGGAAAAGCAAAUCAGGAUGUCUUCUUCAUAUUUCCACUUCCUUUUAGGGAGCUGAAUUUGAUGAAGGAGAAAAAAUGUAGUCUGAUGGAUCUGCUUCAUGAUUUUUUCCCAGAAAUUAAACAAUUAAAAUUAAUAGACUGUGAUGCUUACAAAGUCAUUUUCAUCUUUGAUGGUCUGGAUGAGUGUCGACUUCCUCUAGAUUUCCAAAACAAUGAGAACUUGUGGGAUGUAACAGAAUUGACCUCAGUGGAUAUGCUGCUGACAAACCUCAUCAAGGGGAAUCUGCUUCCCUCUGCUUUCCUCUGGAUAACCUCUCGACCAGCAGCAGCCAAUCAGAUCCCUCCUGAGUGUGUUGACCUGGUAACAGAGGUACGAGGGUUCAGUGAUGCACAAAAACAGGAGUACUUCAGGAAGAGAAUCACUGAUCAGAGCCUGGCCAAUAGAAUCAUCACACACAUGAGGUCAUCAAGAAGUCUCUACAUCAUGUGUCACAUUCCAGUCUUCUGUUGGAUUGCAGCCACUGUUCUAGAGAGAAUGUUGGUUGAAGCAGAGAGUGGAGAGAUCCCCAAGACUCUGACUCAGAUGUUCACACACUUCCUGAUCUUUCAGAUCAAACACAAGGACAGAAAAUACUAUGGUAAAACUGACACUGAUUCUCAGCAAACUAGAAAGACAGUUCUGGCUUUGGGAAAAUUGGCUUUUCAACUACUGGAAAAGGGCAACCUGAUCUUCUAUGAGGAAGACCUGAGAAAUUGCGGCAUUGAUGUCAAAAAAGAGUCAGUAUAUUUAGGACUGUGUACCCAAAUCUUGAGAGAGGAGUCUGGGCUGCAUCUGGGGAAGGUGUUCAGCUUUGUGCAUCUGAGUGUUCAGGAGUUUCUGGCUGCUUUAUAUGCAUUUCUCUCCUUCAUCUCCCACAAAAAAAACGUGUUGGAGCAGAAAACCACUGGAUUCCUACAUGGGCUUAAAAGAUCAAAAACAAUGUCUGACUUCUUUAUGAAUGCAGUGGACCAGGCCUUACAAAGUAAGAAUGGACAUCUGGAUCUUUUCCUUCGCUUCCUUCUGGGUCUCUCACUGGAGUCCAAUCAGACUCUCUUACGAGGUCUACUGACACAGCUAGGAAGCAGCUCUCACAGCAAACAGGAAACAGUCAAAUACAUCAAGGAGAAGAUCAGUAAGAAUCCCUCUUCAGAGAAAUCCAUCAAUCUGUUCCACUGUCUGAAUGAACUGAAGGAUAAUUCUCUAGUGCAGGAAGUCCAGACAUACAUGCGUAAUGGAUAUAUCCAUUCUCUCUGUGGAGCCAGGCUCUCUUCUGCUCAGUGGUCAGCUGUGGUGUUUGUGUUGCUGAACUCAGAAGAGGGGCUAGAUGAGUUUGAUCUGAAAAAUUAUGACCCAUCAGAGGAAUCUCUAAUGAGACUACUGCCAGUGGUCACAGCAUCCAGAAAAGCUGUGCUGUCUGGCUGCAAUAUUCGAGAGGAAGGUUUUGCUGCUCUGGCUUCAGCUCUGAGUUCAAACUCAUCACACCUGAGAGAGCUGAAUCUGAGCUACAACAAACCAGGAGACUCAGGAGUGAAGCAGCUUUCUGCUCUACUGGAGGAUCCACACUGUAAACUGGAGAUACUAGAGCUGGGUUACUGUAAUCUGACAGAGAAAAGCUGUGUAGUUUUAGCCUCUGCUCUCAGCUCAAACUCCUCAAGUCUGAUAGAGCUGAACCUGAGUGACAAUAAACUACAGGAUUCAGGAGUGAAGCUGCUUUCUGCUGGACUGAAGAAUCCACACUGUAAAGUAGAGAUACUGGGGCUGGGUUACUGCAAACUGACAGAGAAAAGCUGUGCAUUUCUGGCCUCAGCUCUCAGCUCAAAUUCCUCAAGUCUGAGACAGCUGGACCUCAGUGACAAUAAACUUCAGGAUUCAGGACUGAUGCUGCUCUCUGCUGGACUGGAGAAUCCACACUGUAAACUGUGGACUCUGGGGUUAUCUGGCUGCAGUAUUACAGAGGAAGGUUGUGCUGCUCUGGCUUCAGCUCUGAGGUCAAACCCCUCAUCACACCUGAGAGAGCUGAAUCUGAAUUCCAAUAAACCAGGAGACUCAGGAAUGAAGCAGCUCUCUGCUCUAAUGGAGGAUGCACACUGUAAACUAGAGAAACUAGAACUGCGGGACUGUAAUCUGAUGGAGAAAAGCUGUGCAGCUCUGGCCUCAUCUCUCAGCUCAAACUCCUCAAAUCUGAGAGAGUUGAAUCUGAGUGACAAUAAACUUGAGGAUUCAGGAGUGAAAAGGCUCUCUGCUGGGCUGAAGAAUCCCCACUGUAAACUGGAGACACUGGGCCUGUCUAACUGCAGUAUUACAGAGGAAGGUUGUGCUGCUCUGGCUCCAGCUCUGAGGUCAAACCCCUCAUCUCACCUGAGAGAGCUGAAUCUGGACUCUAAUGACCUGGGAGACUCAGGAGUGAAGCAGCUCUCUGCUCUACUGGAGGAUCCACACUGUAAACUGGAGACACUAUAG